AAGGUUCUCUCACCAUCGGCCCCACGACCCUCACCACCCUGCGAGCAGGCAGCAGCGGACACAAAAACAACCGCGAGAGGUUCCAAAGGGAGCCGGAGAAACAGAUCCCAGGGCGCUUUUUGCCGAGAUUACCAAAGGGACGAGCUGGGAAGCUGCAAGUUCUGGAAAGCGCCGCGGAGAUCUCCGGAUUUGCCCGGGUCGGAGCCUCCCGGAGAGUUGCUGGGGAGGCGUUUUAGUGACCCCCCUGCCCAUUUUGUACAAAGAGCAAAUGCCGGGCCGUUGAGGGCGGGGGGGAGCCCCGCGCCCGGCCGGCUCUUCGCUCGCUCCGCUGCCUCCGCGCUUCAAACGGCGUCGCGCAACCGCAGGCGCUUCUGGUCUCAAUUAGCCGCGCUUGCUGCGCCGCGCAUUCUUCGGCGGCGCUGUGCCUCCCAGCAGCGGCAGACGGCGCUUUCCGCUGGUUUGCGGGACGCUCCCACGACCGGCUCUGCAAAGCCCAGAGCUGAUCGCUUUGGGGCCAGGAGCAUCGCCCCCCUCCCGCGAAGGCCCCACCCCUGCUUCCAGUUUCUCCAAAGCUGCGCAAUUCACCCUCCUCUCUGCGCCUCCCUUGCUUUCCAAGCUCCCCCUAAAUAAUUGCCCCGAGCCCUCUCCUCUUCUUCUUCCUUUGCAACCAGUCUUUCCACUGGCAAAACCUGCCAACUUUAUUGAGCUAAAAAUAGUCUCCUCCUUUUAAAGAACCCUGUUCUCUUCCCACACCCCCAUUGCUGCUAACAGAGAAUCCCCUUCGACGCCACCGCAGGCAAGACUUCCCCAGCAGCCAGGAGGACCAUUCAGCAGGUGAGAAGGCACCUCUGAGGGUUUGCAUGUGAAGGGAGCUUUGCUUGCCGUGAUGGGAACCAGCUGCCCCCUAUGGCUCUGUUGCCUGCUGUUGGAUCUUCUGUGCCCCAUGAGGCUCGCCCAGGUGGAGGCACAGACAGUGUUGACAGAUGAUGAGAUCGAGGAAUUCUUGCAAGGCUUCCUGCAGAGGGUGGAUUCUGAGAACGAAGAGGAUGCCGAAGAACAGGGAGCCGAGAAGCUGGCGCGAGGCGAGGAGCUGCCUGAAAACCGAGGAAGGCUCACGCCUGCAGGGACCGAUGUUGGCCGGGCUGAAGAAGGAGCACCAGAGAAAGUCAAGGAAAAGCCCAAGAAAGGAAAGAAGGAGAAAUCGCCUAAACCAACCAAGAAACCCAAAGUGAGACCUUCCAGAGGCCCUAAGAAGGAGAAGCCUCCCAAGCCUACCAAAAAGCCCAAGGAGAAACGUCCAAAGGCAACAAAGAAACCCAAGGAGAAAGCCCCCAAGCCCACCAAAAGAACAUCAGGUGGACGGAGAACAGAGAGGCCUCCCUCUGUCCAGCCGCAUGAGGAAGAAGAGAAGCACCACUUGCCAGAGACGCCCUUGACCCCUCCCCUGGCCAGAGAGGAAGAUGAUUAUGAUUCAUCUCGAUUACACUUGCUCUACGGGAAGGAAGAUGAGCAGUCUCGUGCGAAUGAAGAAGGGGGCAUAUCUUUGUUUCCAGAAGAGCCGGACAAACCGCGAUGGGAUGAGAAACAAGAUCCAAACAGGCAUCAAACUGAUUAUUAUGAACCCCCCACUGAACCGCAGGAGCCCAGGAGAGAAGACUGGAACCGUGAAAGCCAGCCAGAGUCCGCAAGAGAGCUGGAGCCACCUACACUGGAUUACAAUGACCAGAUUGAGCGCGAGGACUACGAGGAUUUUGAAUAUGUUAGACGCCAACCCAAGCCCAGCAAACCAAACAAGAGGAAACAGGAGAGACCCAAGCCAGAGACUGAGGAGAAGCCAAAGGAACCUGAAGAGCUGCCCAUCCCACCAUUUGAGAGUCAUUAUGAAGAAGGAUUUGAGCUGCCAGAUUAUGGGGACAUGGACUACACUCUGCCUCACCAGAAGCCCAAAACAUUCCCCAGCAAAAAAGACGAGGAAGAUGAGAUGGAGACGGAUGAAGAGAAACUCAAACUACAGAAGCCUAAGAAGGGGAGUGGCAGCAGUAAAGAAGAGGAGGAGGGUGAUGUGGAUGAAGAUAAAUGGGCGGAAGAAAAAACCAAGGAUCGUAAAGGGAAGCCAAAGAAAGCAGGAGGGAAAAAAUGGGAGACAGAUGAGGAUGAGUGGACUCCAGAAGAGAAAAUAAAAUGCCCUCCCAUAGGAAUGGAAUCCCACCGAAUCGAGGAUGACCAGAUCUUAGCUUCCUCCAUGCUGCGGCAUGGACUAGGUGCUCAGCGUGGCCGCCUCAAUAUGCAGGCAGGAUCCAAUGAGGAUGAUUAUUUUGAUGGCGCUUGGUGUGCAGAAGAUGACAGCCGCAUACAGUGGAUACAGGUGGACACCAGAAGAACCAUGAAGUUCACAGGAGUCAUCAUCCAGGGCCGCGAUUCUCUCUUGCAUGAGGACUUUGUCACCACCUUCUAUGUGGGCUUCAGCAACGACAGUCAAAACUGGGUCAUGUACAGCAAUGGCUAUGAGGAAAUGCUUUUCUAUGGAAACGUCGACAAGGACACUCCAGUGAUGACCGAAUUCCCGGAGCCGAAGGUGGCUCGCUUCAUUCGUAUCUACCCACUGACCUGGAAUGGUAGCCUUUGCAUGAGGCUAGAAGUCCUGGGCUGCCCCCUCUCCAAUAUCCAUAGCUACUACAGCCUGCAGAAUGAAGUGAUGACUUCGGUAGACAACUUGGACUUCCGCCAUCACAACUACAAAGACAUGAGACAGCUUAUGAAGGUGAUAAACGAAGAGUGCCCUGACAUCACUCGCAUCUAUAACAUUGGCAAGAGCUCCCGAGGGCUAAAGAUAUAUGCCAUGGAGAUCUCUGACAGUCCAGGAGAGCAUGAACUCGGGGAGCCAGAGUUCCGCUAUACUGCAGGAAUCCACGGCAAUGAGGUGUUGGGCCGUGAGCUCCUGCUAAUGUUGAUGCAGUUUAUGUGCAAGGAGUACAAAGAUGGGAACCCCCGUGUGCGGAACCUGGUGACCGAGACUCGCAUUCACCUCGUCCCUUCACUCAACCCUGAUGGCUAUGAGAUCGCCAGCCAGAUGGGCUCUGAGCUUGGUAACUGGGCUUUGGGGCACUGGAAUGAGGAAGGGUAUGAUAUCUUUGAAAACUUCCCUGAUCUCAAUAGCAUCCUGUGGGCAGCAGAAGAGAGGAAAUGGGUACCACACAAAGUUCCUAAUCAUCACAUUCCCGUACCUGAGCACUAUCUCGCAGAGGAUUCCUCAGUGGCAGUGGAAGUGCGAGCCAUCAUGGCAUGGAUGGAAAAGAUUCCUUUUGUUCUUGGUGCCAAUUUUCAGGGUGGGGAAAAGUUUGUCUCCUACCCCUUUGACAUGGCUCGCCCUGUCAACGAGAAUGAAGUGGCCCUUGCAGUCCACAAUGACUAUGAAGAAGAGAACCCAGAAACCAAAGAGACCCCAGACCAUGCCAUCUUCCGCUGGCUGGCCAUUUCCUAUGCUUCGGCCCAUCUCACCAUCACUGAUACCUUCCGUGGGGGGUGUCACGAUCAGGACAUGACCAAUGGAAUGGGGAUUGUCAACGGCGCCAAGUGGCAUCCACGAGUGGGAAGCAUGAAUGAUUUCAGCUACCUCCACACCAACUGUUUGGAACUCUCCAUCUACCCAGGAUGUGACAAGUUCCCCCAUGAAAAUGAAUUGGCUCAGGAGUGGGAAAACAACAAAGAAUCAUUAUUGACUUUCAUGGAACAGGUACAUCGUGGCAUCAAGGGUAUGGUGAGAGACCAGCAGGGAGACCCCAUUGCAAAUGUCUCCAUCUCUGUCGUGGGGAUCAAUCAUGACGUAAAAACAGCAAGUGGUGGUGAUUACUGGCGCAUCCUGAACCCUGGGGAAUACCGUGUCACGGCCAAGGCUGAAGGCUACAAUCCCAGUGUCAAAACCUGUAAUGUCUUCUAUGACAUUGGAGCCUCCCAGUGUGACUUCACCUUGUCACGCUCCAACUGGAAGCGCAUUCGAGAAAUCAUGGCCAUGAAUGGGAACAGGCCCAUGGGAAGGUUUGGACCUGGCCAGCCCAUGACACAGAGGGAACGCCUUCGCUGGAGGAUGAGGAUGCGGCAGAGAGCACGCCUGCGCCAGCAGAUGCGCAACCGCCUCAUGCGCAAUGCCACUACCAGUGUUCCUGCCACUCCUCUCCCAACUACAGCCUUCCCCUUUCUAUUCAGCAGCACCACACUCCCACCCUGGAGCAGAGAACCUCCCACCACUGAGGAACCAGCCACCUGGGAGACCGAGGUCUACACUGUGGUUGUAACUGAUUGGGAAACUGACAUCACAACAGAGGCAGAUGCCUGGGAGGAGACCACAGGCACUGCUUUCCCCAUGACCACAGCAGAGACUUACACAGUGAACUUUGGAGAUUAGUGACAGCCAGCAAGCUUGCUAUGACUGUUGUCUUGGAACAAUCAAAUUCCAAAAGCUGGUCCCCCCCUACAUCCGCUUCUCAGCAGGAAGCUACAUCGGUUCAUCAUAGCACAGUAGGUGCUGUCCUUUGCUUUUAGAUCCCACCAAGAAACCCGCUGGCUUUGAGCAGGCUGCUACAGCCAUAGCAUUUACCCUUCUUAAAUCUCUGCCUUCGAUGUAAGGAUAUUACUUUCUCAGAGGUAUGUUGUUCCAACUCAAGAAGCCUUAUACUUGCCAAAUGGGAAGGUUACAUGAGCAGGCCAAUAGUGGGCUAACUUCUCCAGCCGUUUGUGCUUGGUUCUGGUACAGAAAUAAACACAGAGAACAUAAUUCUCUGCUGUGGCUAAAUGCAUGAAGUUCAACCAUGUUGCUCUUUCCUCCCCCAUGUCCUUACAGGUCUUACAGUAUGGCACAGGACAGAACUUGAGGAAGACGAAAGUAUAAACCUGUCCCCCAGAUAAUUACAUUCUUCAUUGGGGCAGGUUAAGCACAUUAAAUACAUUUGAAUGAGGCUCCAUCAAGUCCCCAGUUGCAAGUUCUUGUCCUAUUAAGCAUUACUGGUGGGACGGAGACAGAUUAAGCACCACUAAAUGCUAGAUUGCAAUUUUUUAAAAAGAGGUGUGUGCACAUUUGUACAAUGCAGAGAUCUUGCACCCGUUUUGUUAAACAGGAACGCUUUAAAACAUUUUGAUGAGGUCUUAGAAUUGAUGUUUAAAGCGGUAGAGGGAUUAAGAAAUGACUGCAAAGGAGCAAAGUGUACCACCUCUCUCUGACCAGUAGAAGUGCCAGCCAAGUUCACAGUUGGUUUUUAAAUGCUUAAACAACUUUUUUAAAAAAGUCUCCAGCUUCACAUUUUGUUGCAACUGAAAGCAUGAUUCUGUGGGAUCUAUCGGAUUGUUCACUAUAAGGAAGAUUAUCUUUCUCCACAUGUAAGCAGUUUCUAACCGCCAGUAUUUUGCUGCUGCCGUGAAUGAAGCUGCCGCCCCCAGCAGCUAAGAGAAAAGGGAAAAUGAACAGGAGACAUUCAGAACUGUAGGGUUGAUGCCCAGGCCACACAGCUGCCCAGGAGGCAGGUACAGUGCCACUUUAAGCCUCUUUGGCCUUCUAAACAUUUAUAUGAAUAAAAUGAAUUAUUAAAAAA